AUGGGCAUUUCGAAUGGCUGGUCAUGUCGUUUGGCCUUACGAAUGGCCCAACCACUUUCCAAGCGGCUAUGAGAACGGAGUUCUGACACAUGCUGGAUCGUUUCGUACUUAUCUACCUCGACGACAUUCUGGUCUACAGCCGGAGUCUGGACGAGCAUGUGGAACAUCUGCGCACCGUUUUGGAGCGGCUACGACAAGCCAAGUACAAAGCAAACCGCGACAAGUGCGAGUUCACACAGCAGGAGYUGGAGUACUUGGGACACUAUGUGACGCCGCAAGGCAUCCAUCCGCUUGCGGACAAGAUCGAGGCCCUACGAGUAUGGCCCGAGCCCACCAACACCACGAACGUUCGUUCAUUCAUGGGGUUGGCGGGCUACUAUCAGCGAUUCAUCACCGGAUACUCCAGGAUUGCUGCACCUGUGACGAGGUUACAGUCGCCAAAGGUGCCAUUUGUAUUCGAUGACGACGCACGCCGGUCAUUCCAAGCACUUAAGACGGUUAUGCUCAUGGCACCCAUCCUUAGCAUCUAUGACCCCACCGUGCUGACGCGAGUGACUACGGACGCUUCCGGCUAUGGCAUUGGGGCAGUCGCACAACGACGACGACUGGCACCCUAAGACAUUGUCAGCGACCGCGACACUCGUUUCAUGUCGGCGUUGUGGACUGCUCUCAUGCAGGAGUCCGACACAACAAUGAAACCAAGUUCGGCUCGACAUCCCCAGACAGACGGGCAGACAGAGCGGGCACAUCAAAACGCUCAAAUGAUGCUUCAUAUGCUCAUCCGUCCGGACCAGAAAGAUUGGGUUGACCACCUCCCCGACAUCGAGUUCGCCGACAACAUUUCGGUGCGUCCGGCGAUCGGCGUAACUCCAUUCGAGUUGCACCACGGUGGACGGAAAGGCUGUAUCUUCGCCGACCUUCUCCUCCCUCGACCAGCCGACAUUGACGCUGCCUGCUCUCCCGCUUCCGUCCGGAAGUACAGGGAAUUGCUGACUCAAGCCCGCGCAAAUAUGCAAAAGGUUCAAGUCCGCAUGCAGCAGCAAGCCAACAGGCGUCGCGUACCAUGUCCCAUCCGCGCCGGUGAUCUGGUUUGGGUCUCCACGGAAGAGUUUGCACUAGAACAGGAUGUUUCACGCAAACUGCUUCCCAAGUGGUUUGGACCUUGGUCUGUGACAGCAGCCGCAGGCAAUGAGCCCGAUGGCCCUUCAUUUGUGAUCAACAUUCUAGAGCAUCUGAUGGUCAAUCCGGUCUUCCACGCCUCGAAGCUGGCAACAUACACGCCAGCCAAGAGCGACGACUUUCCGGGCCGACAUUCGCAGGACCCUCCCUCUAUGGAUGGUCAUCAGGAAGUUGACCGCGGCAUCUCCGAUCGCAAGUACGGCAGCAAGCCGCGGCAGUAYAAAGUCACAUUCAAAGCAUGCGAUCGCGACGACACUCGGUGGAUUUCAGGCGCAGAUCUGAAAGCAUCCACACCACUGAUCUACGCGCAUUACGAAAAGCGGGGGUUAGCUCAAGAAGCUUCACGACCAGCCCCUCCCACCCGGACUGUGGUCCCUCCCUCAGACAAACAGCUUCGCCCUCGCAGGACUUUGUUUCCCUCAAGCCGCCUGGUGUGGUCCCACACUGCCGUCCCUCCGUUCCUGCAAUCGUCGACCCGCAAGUAUUGGUGCCGUCCUGCUGUCUACGACUUAGUCGUUGCUUCGCAGAACACGGCACUUUACGUCGAAUUCUGGGAAGUCUGCUACUUGAACGACGAGCUCUCUCAUCGGCGCGAGUCAUUCUGGAAAGUCGAUCUCGGUGAAGUCGGUAACGAAAGCCAUCCUCCUGACGGGCUGUUGCUCGGCUACUGGUGGCCUUUCGGCGCGGGAAACGGUUCUGCUGUUGACACCCCAUUCAUCCAGUACGCUGGCCCAAAUGACACCGUUUCGAUGGCCGACGUUUGGGCGAUGGAUGUGACGCGAGCGGGCGAUAGUCUUGUGCUCUUGUCCAAACCAACUGGGGAGGACAAGUACUCCAAGAUUUUCGCCGUGUCCACAAACAAUGGCAGCAGAACUUCUACUUCUACUUCCCUUCCCGUAAGCGGCGCCCGCGGUCUCACGUUCAAUCCGAACGGGACGCGUCUGUACGUAGCUCUUGGUGUUGCACCCGUUUCCAUCGUAAGCGCUCCUGUGGCGGAGUCCAGAGAGACAGGGAUCCCGAUSGACGGCGCGGAGUGGACUGACGUGAGGAGAUUCCCUCCAGGGGGGGAUCCCGAUAUCAAGACCGUCCGCUUCAGCUCGCAGAGCUUUUCCUCGGACGAGCGCUGCCUCUAUUUCCUGGACACCGAGAACCUUCGUGUGUGGGGACUGGACUCACCCUGCUCCGCGGCUCGCACGGUGCUGACACUGGAAACUUUCCCAGGGCUGCGUAUAGUCAGGCUCGGUCAAUCCGGCAGCGACUACUACCUGUACAUCGGGACGACCGCCGGCUCCGUGACGGAGCUGAAGAUCAAUGCCUCUCAGCUUCACCCUUGUGCUCCUACGCCGCCAUCGCUAGCCGGGAUCUCGGCGCCUUCGUCUAACCCGAUCCCCGCCCCCACGCCYGAUCCGAAUGUCCCCUCGCUUMACUCGAUCUCCCCCUUAUCUGCCUCUUCUCCCACUCCCUCUUUCCGGUCUAGCGAGCCCUCUGCGGCUCCAACAAAGCCGGGGGGAACUCGCAGUCUAGCUUUAAUCGUAGCUCUCCCGGUCUCUGUUCUCGCAGUCCUUGGCGCGGCCGCUUGCGCAAGUUUCCUCAUGUUAUACAGCAAGAGACGGCUCGGCGGGCUUAAAGACGUCCAGGUGACGACCGACUUGAGGACGAACGGCAGCGGCGGGUCCACGAUUCCAACGACUGCUUCGUCGUCGUCGGCGGUAGCUGGGGGGAAAGCGGAGGGGCUUCAUCCUUCGCAGGUAAAGCAGUUCUCGUUUGCAGCUCUGUCCUAUUGCACUCAGAACUUCAGCGACGGCUAUCGCAUCGGACCCGGUGGGGCGUUUGGUAAUGUCUACUGGGGUUCCAUGGAUGACGGCAAGGCGUUGGCGAUCAAGGUCAUGACAGGCGAUCUGACAGAGGGGAAAAGGAGCAUGUUUCUGGCGGAAGUGAACACGCUCAGCAGAGUCCAUCACGCCAACCUCAUCCGGCUCGUUGGAUUCUGCCUAGAGGGCAAACGUUCGAUCUUGGUCUAUCCCUACUUUCCAGGGGGGAGCUUGUUCGCUCGUCUGCACGAGAGAGAGAAAGCCGUGCCGGGGAAAGCUUCGAUUCCGCCGCUGACUCUGGUGGAGCGGAUGUGCGUCGCCUUGCAGAUCGCUAAGGGCCUAGCCUACCUUCACGAGGGUGCCGACCCGCCAGUCAUCCAUCGGGACAUCAAGAGCAGCAACGUGCUGCUUGGCGAUGGCUCCGGGGAGAAGUUGCACGUGGUGGUGGCGGACUUCGGCCUUGCGACUGUGGGAGAGAGAGUGUUCGGCACGGAGCUUGAGUCGGUGGUCAAGACCUCGCACAUGGCGGGCACGUUCGGGUACAUGGCGCCGGAGUACAUGAUGGGAGGAAUUCUGUCGGAGAAGAACGACGUGUACGCUUUCGGCAUUAUCCUGCUGGAGCUGCUGACGGGCCGGAAGGCCGUGGCAAAGGCACCCUCUGGGGUGGGGUGGGAGACCCUAUCGGACUGGGCUAAGCCGUUGCUUAAAAAACUACACGUCGUUGGUGACCAGAUGGCGUACCAAAUUCUGGACCCUUGCCUGCGUGAUCAGGCGGCGGGACUCAGGUCCAGCCGUAUGGUUAGCGAAACGCUGCAUUUGGCCAGCGAGUGCAUACGAGAGGACGAUCAAACCCGGCCAACGAUGUGCGGAUUGGUGGAGAAGAUAGGCAAUCUCCUCAACGAAGCGCAGAUCAACGUCAGGCAAACGAAGCACUGACCGUUUUCAUUAAUGGCGGGAAAGGUGAGUCAUUGUUGACCGGAAGGAGAGAGAGAUCUCAUCAUGAAGCUCAUGACUGGCGAAGAAGUCAUCCCAGAACGCGCGAUGGCGGAUCCCUCUCGUUAGUGGCAGGACGGAGAGGUAAUCUGCCCGCAUGAAGUGCAGGUCAACGUCAGUCAAACGAAGCGCUGAUCACAGUGAGAGAACUCAUAAUGUAGCUGAUGACUGGUGAAGAAUCGAUCCUACCGGUAUGGUUGGUGGAGCAGAUUGGCAAUCUGCUCAAUCUGCUCAAUCUGCUCAAUGAACUUGAAGCGCAGAUCAACGGCUGGCAAAGGGAGCGCUGUUUGCAGUGCGAGAAUUCAUCAUGAAGCUGAGGGACUGGCGAAGAAGUGAUCCCAUAAUGGGUGAUAGGGGUAAUGGGGGGAAAGCGCACAAGUUUUMAGUCCUUUUUCUGUAUACUUUUGGCUUUUAGCUUUUAGCUUUUAGU